UUUCCGGACUUCCGGGCGGUGCGCAACUCACGUCAUUCACAACCACUCUAGACGGCUCCUUGGAGUUAACCGUUCAUAUCUGACAUACCUUUGUUAAGUUUACAUUUGUGUUAGACGCAUUAUACAUCGAUCAGUUUACGUGAUCGAUUUAAUCCAGUUCUAUGGCAACAUACCAGGAGUUCAUACAACAGAAUGAGGAGAGAGAUGGUGUUCGAUUCAGUUGGAAUGUGUGGCCAUCAAGUCGACUUGAAGCCACCAGGAUGGUGGUACCCCUUUCUUGUCUUUACACACCACUGAAAGAACGUCCAGAUCUUCCACCAGUGCAGUAUGAACCAGUCCUUUGUAGCAGAACAACUUGCAAAGCAGUAUUGAACCCAUUGUGUCAGGUUGAUUUCCGUGCAAAACUUUGGACGUGCAAUUUUUGUUUUCAGAGGAAUCCAUUCCCUCCUGCAUAUGCCGGCAUUUCAGAAGUUAAUCAGCCAGCAGAGCUAAUGCCACAAUUUUCCACAAUUGAAUAUAUAAUGCAGCGUGGACCACAAACCCCUCUUAUAUUUUUGUAUGUUGUGGAUACUUGUUUGGAAGAAGAAGAUCUACAGGCCUUGAAGGAAUCUCUUCAGAUGUCUCUGAGUCUUUUACCUCCUGAUGCACUUGUUGGUCUUAUUACAUUUGGAAGAAUGGUUCAGGUCCAUGAGCUGAGUUGCGAAGGCAUUUCCAAGAGCUUUGUCUUCAGGGGAACCAAAGAUUUGUCUGCAAAACAGAUAGAGGAAAUGCUAGGUCUGAGUAAGGCAUCAACUCCUGCACAACAGGGACGACCACUGCAGCCUCCAGAUCAAACGUGUACCAGCAGGUUCUUGCAGCCUGUACAUAAGAUUGACAUGAACCUUACUGACCUUCUUGGGGAGCUCCAGCGAGACCCAUGGCCAGUACCUCAAGGAAAAAGGCCACUGAGAUCUACUGGAAUUGCAUUAUCUAUUGCUGUUGGUUUGCUUGAGGGUACAUUCCCAAAUACAGGUGCACGGAUAAUGCUUUUCACUGGAGGUCCGCCCACCCAGGGACCAGGAAUGGUGGUUGGGGAUGAACUUAAAACCCCAAUUCGUUCAUGGCAUGAUAUUGAGAAAGACAAUGCACGACACUUAAAAAAGGCAACAAAGUAUUAUGAAGCCUUGGCUAAUCGUGCAGCUGCCAAUGGUCAUUGUGUUGAUAUUUAUGCUUGUGCCUUGGAUCAGACUGGACUUCUUGAAAUGAAAUGCUGUGCCAACCUAACAGGGGGUUAUAUAGUGAUGGGUGACUCCUUCAACACCUCUCUCUUCAAACAAACAUUCCAGAGAGUUUUUUCGAAAGACUACAAUGGACACUUCCAAAUGGCCUUUGGAGGGGUAAUAGAAGUUAAGGUUUCAAGGGAGCUUAAAGUAUCUGGUACUAUUGGGCCUUGCAUUUCCCUAAAUGCGAAGGGGCAAAGUGUGUCAGAAAAUGAAGUUGGAAUUGGUGGCACAACUCACUGGAAAGUCUGUGGUUUGAAUCCAUUCACAACACUGGGAAUAUAUUUUGAAGUUGUAAAUCAACAUAAUGCGCCCGUUCCUCAGGGUGGGAGAGGAGCGAUUCAAUUUAUUACACAGUAUCAGCAUUCAAGCACGCAAAGGCGAAUAAGAGUGACCACAAUUGCCAGGAGCUGGGCAGAUGCGCAGUCUCAGCUUCAACACAUUGAAGCAUCAUUUGAUCAGGAAGCAUCAGCUGUGUUAAUGGCUAGGCUUGGAGUUUAUAGAGCAGAGUCUGAGGAAGGACCUGAUGUGCUAAGGUGGCUUGACAGACAGCUAAUUAGACUGUGUCAGAAAUUUGGACAAUUUCAUAAAGACGAUCCUUCUUCCUUCAGAUUAUCAGAAGCCUUUUCCCUUUACCCACAGUUUAUGUUUCAUUUGAGGAGAUCACCAUUCCUUCAGGUGUUUAAUAACAGUCCAGACGAGUCUUCAUAUUAUCGCCAUCACUUUAUGCGCCAGGAUCUUACUCAAUCAUUGAUCAUGAUUCAGCCAGUUCUGUAUUCCUAUUCUUUUUAUGGGCCACCUGAGCCUGUACUGCUCGACAGUAGCAGUAUUUUGCCUGAUAGAAUCUUACUGAUGGACACCUUCUUUCAGCUCGUCAUCUAUCAUGGGGAGACUAUUGCACAGUGGCGUAAAGCUGGCUAUCAAGAUAUGGCCGAGUAUGAGAACUUUAAACAGCUUCUUCAAGCCCCGUUGGAUGAUGCACAGGAAAUUCUACAGAGUCGAUUUCCAAUGCCCCGUUACAUUGAUACAGAACAUGGAGGAAGUCAAGCUCGGUUCCUUCUGUCAAAAGUAAAUCCAUCACAGACCCAUAAUAACUUGUAUUCUUGGGGGCAGGAAACUGGAGCUCCUAUAUUAACAGAUGAUGUCAGCUUACAAGUUUUCAUGGAUCAUUUGAAGAAGCUUGCAGUGUCGAGUGCAUCAUAAGCCUCUCUGUAUGCAGUAUUAAAUAUGUUUAAAACAUGUUUUGAGAUUUGGAUAAACAUUUCAAAGUCUACAGUAAUGUAUUUUUCCUAAUCACAAUAAACUGUGAAAUUAUUUAUUCUUUUAGUACUAAAAGCUAAUAAACUGUUGGGAAGAGUCUUGUUUAUAUUGGGUGGCUUUGGGUAAGAAACUUCAAUAGUAUUCCAUCAUUUGUUCCUUGGGUUUUUCCAUUCCAUGUUGUCUAUUUUUUUUUUAAA